ACCCCUCCUCUCCUCAUGUCUUUUCUUCCCUUGUCCCAGGGGUUUGCAAAUGGUGAGCUGAAGGAAGGACGACUCGCAGAUCAACACUGUCCCCUAGAGGUGGUUCUUCCUCCAGAGACUGAGGGCUGUGAGAGCUAUCUGCAGUACCUGCACUCAGAGGGUGGUGAGCGAGUGAUACUCAGAGACAGGACCAAAGCUCCCGGCAAGAAACGCAUCAGUCUGGAUGACUUGGAGUGUGACGUUUCUGUGGAGGAUGGCAACCGUCAGGAGUGGAUCUUCACCCUUUAUGACUUUGACAACAGUGGGAAAGUUACAAAAGAGGACAUGUCCAGUCUGAUGCACACUAUCUAUGAUGUGGUGGAUGCCUCGGUGAAUCACUCCUGCAACAAUAAGAGCAAAACUCUGCGAGUCAAACUGACCGUCACUCCAGAGCCCAGGUGCCACAGACGAGAAACAGGAACAGAUCGCUGUCACCAGGAUGAGGGGCGUUCAGCUGACAAGCGGUUGUCCUCCUACACCAGCAACAAAGGGCAGAACAAUGAGACGCCGGCCACUGAGGGUCAACAUUACUGUGUGGAUGAGAACACAGAGAGAAGGAAUCACUACCUGGACCUGGCAGGUAUCGAGAACUACACCUCCAGAUUUGAAGGAACCACUCCUGCCACCCCUUCCCAGGAGCCUCAUGUUCGAAGCUCCCAAAGUCAGAGCCGCUCACGCUCCCAGGAACCAGACAAUCAUGUUGUUCAUCAGCGUCGCUCACAGGUCAUCAGUGACAGCUACAACCCCACAGAGUCUCGAACCAAGGGCACACAGUUCAUCAAAUCCCCCAAAGGGAACUACAAGGGAGGCGCGGGGAAUAACGGGGUCAGCGGAGGUGGCAAAUCGGCUAAAUGUCACGGCUACCACCCGCCUGUGCACAGUAGCAGCGCUGCAGCACACGGGGGUCAGGAUGUGUACCACUUGCCGCAUCAAGGCCAAUCGUCCGGCCACCACCAGCACCCUUUGCAAUACAGUCACAGCAAACGCCUCAGGGCGAAAACCCGGGAGGCCAUGUCCCCAUCCAAAACCCCCCUGUCCCCUCAGUCCCACCCCCCUCAGCAUCCUCCUGUGCCCUCUGUGCUGCCCAGCCUAGAGAGAGAGCAGGUUUCUGGUCCACCAAACAGCCCAGGGUUUGUGGUUCCUGUGGUACAGCGUCACGAGCACCACCAUCACCAUGAACACCACCACCACCACCACUACCACCAUUACCAUCAGACAUGACCGUUCUCAGAGUGCAAUGACUGAAACUGUACAGGACCAACCACAACCAACCAGAAAGACUUGAUAUCAUCCCACCAAAGCUUCUCACACUCUGUCCAGGAUUGUUUAUUCCCUUCUUUUAAGCUAUACAGAUAUAUCCUGAGAUUAGGUGUAACGUGGAUCAUAUUGGACUGGAAGGAUGUUUUUCUGAAGUUAUUAGGUAAUAACAAAAGAUGUGUGGCACAGUUUCGAUGUUUUUGUAGACUUUCUGCUGGGACUGCUCAAUUGUAACCAAUGUUCAUUUGGACUACAAAUUCCAGAGAGAAAAAGCUUGGGAGAUUUUUUUUGGGGUUAACAUCCUCUCCCUCCGGAUGCUGUUGGUUUGAAGUCCCUGUAACGAAUGACACCACAGUAGGUGCAUUGUUCUGGGUGAGACCUUUCCAAAAAAAAAAAAAAAAACAUGGAUCUCAGGUGUAAAGGUGCUGCUGCUCUCAAGCUUUUCACAGAGGCUUCUUCCUCUGAGGGGCCUGAUCUGGACUGAGGGGUUUCCUGUUUGGGGUGGGGUGUGGGGGAUAUGAAAUCACCACUGCCAGUUUUAAUGCAAAAAUAUCUCGUUAUAUGUAUAAAAAAUCUAUAUAUGUAAACACAUUGUACUGUAUAAAUAUUAAAAUGUAUAUGCAUAUGUCAUCAUGGAUAUAAUUAUGCAUAGUUUGUCUUUUAUAUAUUUUAAUAAACAUUAUAUAGUUCAUUUA